AUGAUAGCCGUAGGAGUUGCUGGACGUUAUAUAACACGGAAUACGAAUAUUGGUAGUAUACAAAAGCUUUUCAGUAUAUCUGGACUAAAUGGCUCUAAGUAUUAUCGUGGGGGGUUUGAACAAAAUAUGUCCCGGCGUGAAGCUGCCCUAAUUCUUGGAGUGAGUCAACAGUCAAGUAGAAAUAAAAUUAGGGAUGCUCAUAAGAGAUCAUGCUUCUUAACCAUCCCGAUAAAGGCGGCUCCCCAUACUUGGCUGCUAAGAUCAAUCAGGCCAAAGAUAUACUAG